AUGCACGACUGUUACAUGAUUAUCCCCUCUUGCUACCUUUAUAACAGUGCCCCUCUCACUUGCUCGAAAAGAUACACAAUUUGGCAUAUGUUAAGAGUUGAAACCAAAACUUGGACGAGAGAUAGCCAUGAUCUGUUUGAUUAUGAAGCGCAGCAAGAUUACCUGUUGUCGGUGCGGCCAGAGGAAGGUACGGACAAAUACGUAAUAACGCCCGCAGAGCACUCGCUAAACACCCAGUACAAUGUGAAGAAGCUGUGGAUCAUCGUGAAGGACUUACCUGACAAGUCAUACGCAUUACACGAAAAUGACAUCAUAAAAUUAGGAAGAUUCAGAUUGAAAGUGAGACAAUUUAUUGAUUCCGUGGAUACCUUAAACUCGUUAAAGUUAGACGAUUGCCCCUCGAAAAAAUGUGAAUCAAUUUUAGAUUCCUCAAAUAUUCAAUGUAGAAUUUGUUUGAUAGAAGGGAACCAAGAAAAUGACCCUCUGAUAUGCCCAUGUGAUUGCAAAGGGUCCAUAAAGUAUGCCCAUCUCAUGUGCUUAAGAAAAUGGAUAAACGGGAGAUUAAAUCUCAACGAUCAAUUAUUUUCCGGUUCAGUUUUUAUCAAAGAUAUAUGUUGCGAAUUGUGUAAAACCAAGUAUCCAAAAAGUAUCAAACAAAAUGAUGAACUAGUACAGCUAGUGAAGAUUCCUAAUUUGAAGACACCACUUAUUGUGCUGGACAAUAUCAUAGGACAAACAAGCAAAGGAGUACAUCUAAUAAGUUUUGCAGAUAAAAAAUAUCUCAAGUUAGGAAGGGGACAUGAAUCAGAUGUAAGGAUCCCAGACGUUUCUAUUUCUAGAUACCAUGCUACUAUUAAAUAUGAAAGGGGAUUAUUCAAGCUGGAAGAUCACAACUCUAAAUUUGGGACAUUAGUUGCAUUGAGAAAAGCAAGAGAAAUUUGUCCCAAAGAUACCAUGUCACUUCAAGUAGGUCGAAGUGUUGUCAAUUUUCGAGUAGAUGAAGAAAUUCCCUUCAAAAGUGGAACCAUCGAUAUUAUUGAAAAUAAGGAAGUAAUAGAUACUAACGAAUUACCUCCUGCAAAUGAUAAAAAUAAUGUCAACCCACCACAAAUCAGUAACCCUAAUUUGGAAGAAACUAACAGAAAUAACUUUGAGACCAAUCAUUAUGUAGACCUCACCAACUCUACCAAUCCCAUGCAGAAUUCUUAUUCCUCCUACCGAGUGGAUAACUUGAUGUCCCUACUGAAUUAUCAAAAUGAGUAUAGAAUUUUCGGAAUCAGAAAUUGCUACAAUUUGAUUGACAACAGGAAUGGGAAUCAGCAAAAUGGGAAUCAGAUGGACUGCGCGGGGGGGAAUAACAUCAAUAUGGAGGAGAGCAAUCUUCACGGAGGUGAAAGUAAUAACAAUGAUGGGAUAAUUGGGGAGCAAAUGGGCAUGCAAAUGGGCGUGCAAAUGGGCGUGCAAAUGGGUGUACAGAUGGGUGUACAAAUGGAUUUGCAGAUGGACGUUCAUAUGGGCCUCCAACUUGGAUCCGAAAUGGGGGCACAAAAUAACGACACGGGAAACCUUGGCAAUGACGAGGAGAGGGCCUGCAACGUAGGUCAUAGAGUCCAAUGCGAGGGGGACAACAACCACGCCAGUAAUGACGGUCACAACGACGGUAAUAAUAAUAACAACAAUGAUGAGGAGGACAAUGACGAAGACAAUAACGGUGACAACAGUAACGAUGAAGAGGGUGGUGACCUUCGCGUGCAUGAUGAGGACGACGACGAUGAUGAAAACGGAAACGGCACGAACAAUGCUGGGAGCAGCGGGGGGAACAGUGGUGGCACCAGCGGAGGAGGAUCCAUCGGUGGAAACAGCAACGGGAAUGAAGGAAGCGGAAACGAACAUGGAAAAAAAAACAGCAAUCAGAGUAGCAACCACAGUAGCAAUCAUAGCAGCAAUGACAACAAUGACAACAAUGAUUGCAACCAAGACCAAUGUAGUAACUACCAUGGGAGUACCGCCAACCGAACCGGAACUAGCACCCCCAAGUGCAACACAAAAAUGUGCACUAGUAACAGUUAUGAUCACAUUGUACAAAAUGAAAAAAGCGUGAGCAGCAUCUGUGGCGACCGAGGUAGACUCAACAAAAAUGAAAACAGAAAUGAGGUCGGCACGUAUUGCGUGAACAUGGCUGUGCAGAGAGCCUACAGAAACAGAAGCUCUGCCAAUCUCUACGACAACUGCAAAGGUGCCGCAUCAGUGGUAAUGAGUAAGUACGACAACGUAAGUUUCAUCCAUAGUGCCAGCAAUAAUAGUGGCAGCUACCCGAGCGAAGGCAACGUGGGGGAAUACGCAAAGGUAAGCAUCGAAGAUAACUACUUCUUUCACAACGAGUCGAAGACCCCCCAACAGGUGGACUACUGCAUAAACAGCGGAACUGUCAAUGACAUGCUCAUAUCCAACUCCAGCACAAGUUUGAAAAAAAUUCAAGACGCAAUAAUGAACAGCACCUACCAUAAUAAGGACCCGAAUGCAUGCUCCUUUGUCCAGUCGGUCUACCACAUCAACGGUAAGAACGAUCACAAUGUUAUCAACGUUAUGUAUAGCGGUUCCGACGAAAGAAUAAGCCAUAAUGGCGCAUAUGUAAGCGAAAGCGAAGCAAAUUUAAAAAGUAAAAAAUUUCUUCACAGUGUGCCCAUCCAAAGUCAUGACAAAGCAGCAGGUACUAGUGGUAGCAGCAGUAGCAAUAGUAGCAGUAGUGGAAGUAGUAGCAGCAGUAGCAGUAGUAUCAGCAGUAGCUGUAGUAGCAGCAGUAGUGGUAUCCACCCAUCCCAUAAUUUUUUAAACGAAAUAAACGAACCAAAUAAUGGUCCCAGUUAUAAUUCCCAUAUGACCGUUUUUCCUAGCUUUGUCAACUUGAACAAUUGCUCUAUAAAUUUUGAAAAUGGCAUGUUGCCUAAGUUUGUUGGGAGCACUUCUUCUUUUGUUCAUGACCUUGGUGACAAUCAGCUGAGUGGUGUUGUUACUGGGGAUAAGUUAAACAACAGUGCGUGCUGCCCCCCUAGUGGUAGUAGUGUCGGAGUUCAGGAUGAGGGACUUACCCUAAAGAUACAACCCCAAAUGCACAGCGGCAGUAACGAUCCAACCACCAUAUCCACAUCAGAAGGAAAAGAACUUAUCCUGAAAAACAAAAUGAAAAAAGGAAAUUCGCAGAAGAAAAAUGUUAUUCUAGAUACCCUAGACAAAAAAAAUACACGUAAUAAAAAGUUGAAAAGGUCCGUAAAUAGCACCCACGUGAAGACCAUGCCACAGCAGCAUAUGGAAUACAGCAACAAGAAUAACCAUUUCGUGAACCAAUGUAAUGAUGGAAGUGUAGAUGGAGGGAGUGUCGAGGCAGAAGGUACUUUUUAUGAUGAACAGUGCAGUGCGUCGAAAUAUGCGAAAAAAGAAUUUUUGAAGAAUAGCUUUUCACCAAGGGGCAUUUCGGAACAUAGCAUCUCUGGGCAACUGUCACUAAGCGCAACUUUGGACUCCGCUUCUCCCAGCAGGGGGGGGUUCAAUUACUACUACAGGAAGAAACCCUACCAUGAGGAGUCCCUUUAUAACGAAAAGUUUUACUACGAGAGUGCCGAGGAUUACAAGAUUGGCAGUGUCAAGGGAAGUUACAACAAGAGAAGCGAUCUGGGGAGUUCCGAGAAUGAUCGAAGCAUUAAUGGGAGAAGUUCCAGUGACAGGAGAGGUAACGACGGAAACGCCGGGGGAGACACCCACGUCGGAAGCAACGGAAGCGGCAGCAACUGCGGCAUCGGAGGCAAGUUACACCUGAAGCAAUACUCCCAUUACCUCGACUACUACAACGGAAAUUACAAACUCUACAACUUUGUCAAUUUUAAUGAAAAAUUUAGUGUCCAUAGGAACACCUCCUUUAACCACUUCAGCACAAUCAACUGCGUAAAUGACAAAUUUAGCUACCAUACCCAGGGUGGGUUCGUGCGAAGCGGAAAUGUUGAGGCGGAUUUUCUUUUAAAUAACUACGGCAUGGGUGCAUCUCCAAUCCACUUUGACAUGCCUGUAGCGAUGUACAACAAUUGUGUGAGGGGCUCGGGCGUCUUCUUUGUGAGCACCGAGAACGGAGUUAGCGGCGGAAGGGGUGGAAGUAACUGUACUGGCUCUACGAACCAACAGAAUAGCAUCCAUAACGAGGAUAAUAGCAAAACACGAAAUGACUGCAUUGUUGAGGCUAAUCAGAACUAUGAGGAAUACAUUAAUAAGUGCCAAAUGCAGAGAAAUGGAGAACAAGGCCCAACCGGUGAUCGUAGCAGCAACAUCGAAAUGCAGUUGUGUUAUGAUAAUAAUAACAUCGCGGGGGAUUAUAACUCCCAUUUGGCAAAGGCCUACAGGGAGGAUGUUCUUCGAAACGGCGGAGGAAAGGAAUCCUUCUACGGGGGGUGCAGCUACGGAUCGGGCGACAUGAUUCAAACAACCCAAACGAGCCAGCUGAAUGGACACCCACAGAGCAGCAACUUUUUAGACCAAAGCGGGAACCCCCUUUCUAUGACAAGCAAGGAUUUAUUUUCGAAGAAAAAAAAAUACUUCAACAAUGGAGGCAAUAUUCACUGCAGCAGCGGGAGCGGCAACAAGAACGUGGGCGAUCCGCAUGUAUAUACACAACCGAGACACUCAUACUAUCACGCCCAGCUGCAUAAGAAGAUCAACCCCAGCGUUAAAAAAAAUGACGAAAAGAGGACUAGUAAAAUGAACAAAAAUCAGAAUGACAGAUCAAGCGAUAGUAACAUCAGGAAGGUAAAAAAUGGAAGAAGACUGAGGAAUAAAAAUGACAGAACUGCUGACCACUGUGAAGGGUUUCAAACUAUGCCAAGCAUAAACACUGUAGGAUCGAAGAUUGCCCUUGAAAGUAGCACAAGGUGUGAACAAAAAGGGGCAACCCAUUACAAUAAUACUGCUUACAACGGGGAUACCAUUUCGAUUGAUAGCAUCCCCAAUUAUCAUAUAGGAUUUCUUGACAUUGCCAUGAAUAACAAUCAUGUUACGGAGGCAAACAUUACCAAAUCGGAGAGAGCUGAGCUUGCCAACUUGCACGCAGCCUCUUUCAUACCAAAUGACGGGAUGUACUUUCAUAUGUACAAUACCAGUGGCAUUUCUGGGCACCCUAAUGUAACCCUAAACAUUAUCAGUAAUGAGGAAAAAUGGAAAAAAAUGGAAAGCUGGGAAGAAACUCCCCCCCCAGUGGUGCCAUCUUCUAUCUCUACGUGA